AUGUCCAUGGAUCUCGCCUUCUCCUCCUCCUCCGUCUCCCUCUCCUAGCCAAGAACGACCCACUCCCCCCCGCAUUGCCGUGGGGAUGCUCGCCGGAAGAGGCACUGUGCCGCGGCGUUGAGGCGGGGGAGCGGUAAUGGCUGCGGCGGCGGCGGAGUCGGACAACGGCAGCGAGGCCAGCCCCACCGCCGCCGGCGCCGGCAGGGACCCGGUCGCGUCGCCGGUGAAGGCGAAGGCGAGAGCUUUCCUGGAGCUGGAGGCGACCAGCGCGUCGGAGUCGUCAGAGGCGAAGGUCGACGACGGCAACAUCCAGGAGGCCGAGUCGUCGCUCCGCGAGGGGCUCUCCCUCAACUACGAGGAAGCAAGGGCUCUCCUAGGGAGACUAGAAUACCAGAGAGGCAACGUAGAAGCUGCACUGCGAGUAUUUGAUGGAAUAGAUCUUCAAGCUGCUAUCCAGCGCUUUCAACCAUCCCUAUCAGAAAAGCCACCCUCAAAGCGAAGUAACAAAUUACGUUCAGAUUCAUCAAAUUCAGGAUCACAGCAUGCCGCUAGUCUUGUCCUUGAAGCCAUCUACUUGAAGUCAAUGUCUCUUCAGAAGUUAGGGAAAGCAAUGGAGGCUGCUCAACAAUGUAGAAGUGUCCUUGAUGCUGUUGAAAGCAUUUUCCAACGUGGCAUACCUGAUGUCAUGGUUGAACAAAAGCUUCAGGAAACUGUAAGCAAAUCUGUAGAGCUUCUCCCAGAACUUUGGAAGCAAGCUGGGGCCUGUCAAGAAGCGCUUGCUUCUUACAGGCGUGCCCUUCUUAGUCAGUGGAAUCUUGAUGAUGACUGCUGCACAAGGAUUCAGAAGAGAUUUGCUGUUUUUCUGUUGUAUGGUGGCGUGGAGGCUACCUCCCCAAGCUUGGCUUCACAAACUGAAGGAUCGUAUGUCCCUAAGAAUAACUUAGAAGAGGCAAUCCUUCUGCUCAUGAUAAUAUUGAAAAAAUGGUACCUUGGGAAGACUCACUGGGAUCCAUCAGUGAUGGAGCAUUUAACAUUUGCAUUGUCACUUUGUGGCCAGACAUCCAUUCUUGCCAAGCAUCUCGAAGAGGUUUUACCUGGAAUAUACCAUCGAACUGAAAGAUGGUAUAGCCUAGCUCUUUGCAAUUAUGCAUCUUCACAUAAUGAAGCUGCAUUAAAUUUGUUAAGGAAGUUGUUAAACAAGAACGAGAGUCCUGGUGACAUAAUGGCCCUGCUGUUGGCUGCUAAGUUAUGCAGUUCAGAUUAUUCUCUUGCUUCUGAAGGAGUAGAGUAUGCAAGGAGAGCUGUUACAAAUGCUGAAUCAUUAGAUGGUCAUUUAAAGAGCACCGCGCUCCAUUUCUUGGGAAGUUGCCUGGCUAAGAAGUCUAGAAUUGCUACAUCUGAUUACCAAAGAUCUCUCUUGCAGACUGAGUCUUUGAAGUCACUCAGUGAAGCAAUUUCUCUUGAUCGUCACAAUCCAGAGUUAAUAUAUGACAUGGGGAUUGAAUAUGCUGAGCAACGAAACAUGCAUGCUGCUUUGAAAUGUGCAAAGGAGUUCAUUGAUGCAACUGGUGGAUCUGUUUCUAAAGGUUGGAGAUUACUAUCGUUAGUUCUUUCUGCACAACAAAGGUAUUCAGAAGCAGAGGUGGUGACUGAUGCUGCAUUAGAUGAGACCACAAAGUGGGAACAAGGGCCAUUACUUAGAAUAAAGGCUAAACUGAAGGUUGCUCAGUCAUUGCCAAUGGAAGCAGUUGAAGCAUACCGUGCCCUUCUUGCCCUUGUUCAGGCACAAAGAAAGGCUUAUGGUACCGUGAAAAAUGGCACAGAGGAGGUUGAUGAUAAAGUGAGUGAGUUUGAGGUUUGGCAAGGUCUUGCCAACUUGUAUGCUAGUCUUUCCUAUUGGAGAGAUGCUGAGAUAUGUUUACAGAAGGCCAAAACCCUCAAAUCAUUCUCUGCCACAACGCUUCAUGCAGAAGGUUACACACAUGAGGUGCGCGAGCAGGUACAGGAUGCCUUGGCAGCAUACUUCAACGCAGUCUCAACCGAGCUAGAGCAUGUGCCGUCGAAGGUAUCCAUUGGCGCCCUCCUCUCCAAGCAGGGCCCCAAGUAUCUUCCCGUGGCGCGAAGCUUCCUCUCAGAUGCGCUAAGGCUCGAGCCGACGAACCGGAUGGCUUGGUUCUACCUAGGGAAGGUCCACAAGCAUGAUGGCAGGCUAGCUGAUGCUGCUGACUGCUUCCAGGCAGCCUCAAUGCUGGAGGAAUCAGACCCAAUUGAGAGCUUCAGAUCACUCUGAUGGGUCAUCUUACUGCAAGAACAUUGAGGUUUUCUUUUUUUUUUCGCGGGUUAUUUUUCUCUUCUCAUCUUCUCAUAUUCUACCCUUUUUGGUACAUAGCUGGGUGGAAAUGGAAUGCCAGCUACAAUGUAACUUGUAUCCGUUAGGUGCCAGUGUGCUUGUCACGCUGUUGUUGGAUAUUUGACAAAAUGUUGUAAUUGACUGCUAAAUCUGAGUAUAUCGGUAUAUAUAAGUUGCACUA